AUGCCAGCAAAGAGGGGCUGUGGCAGCAGCCAGGAAAGGUCUUCAUCAUGUGGUGAAACACCAUCAUGGAAGCCUUAAGAGAGGCGCUCUUGUGCCCUGUGUGUCUGGAGCUGUUCACCCCUCCAGUCCUGGUCCUGUCCUGUGCACACAACUUCUGCAAGCAAUGCCUGGAAAAGAUCCUAAUUCACCAGAACUGCCACCACGUCAACGGCCAUUUCCACUGCCCCCUGUGCCGCAAAGUAAUUUAUUUGAGAGGCAGAGGAAUCGUCGGCCUGCUAAGAAAUAGCCUAGUUGAAAGUAUCCUGGAGAAAUUUAAAGAUGAACUUGAAAAAAACCUGUGUGCAGGAGAAAAAACAGUUGUCCCAAAUGUGUGAAGAACAUGGGGAAAACGUGAACUUGAUGUGUCUGACUGACGACAAGCCAAUAUGUGCCAUCUGUAAACUCUUUGGAAAACACAAAGACCACAACAUUGCUAAAGUAUCAGAAGCUUACCAGGGAAGAAAAAAUGAAUUUAUAAAAAAAUUACACUUAGUUCACAAGAAAUCUGAGGAUGCUAGGAAGGAAAGUGAAAAGCUGAUUAAUGAAUUAACAGCUGAUGCUACUGACACCAAGGUAAUGAUCGACACGGUUGGAACUGGUUUGCUGAAGGGCAUAUUGUACAGAACGGCUGAACUGCACUCCAAGUUACACAAUGACUAUUCUACAAAACUGGAGACACUGCAAGUAAUCUCAAAAGAAGCUGAAGCUCCUAGACAGCUUUAUCAUCAAAUGGAAACCCUCCUGGAACAGCAUGUAAAUUCUGUACAAUUUCUGCAGGAGGACAAAAAGCUCAAGGAAAAAAUUGAAAAAAUGCUAGAAGGAAAAGCUUCAUAUCAGGAUCCACCGACGUACAAAAUUUCAGUGAAACAGUAUUUUGAAGAGCUCAUCAAAGGAAUUAACAUCAAGGAUUAUCUCUCCAGUGCAUGCCAGGAGAUGUUAACAAGUACCACUGACAUAGCCGAGACAUGCAGAUCGGAAUACCCUGCGUUUGUUUUUUCAGGUCAGAGUCCUGAUCAAUCCUUCUACAAGCAAGUACUGCAACUAUUUGAGAAGUCAAAUGAUGUCAACCAAGAUAUUUUGAAAAUGUAGCUCCAUCCACACUGCAGCACUGAAGUGAACACCAGCACUGAAAAGUUAGCCUUUAUAGAUUUGCUGAAAGGAUGAAUUAAAACAAUAUCUCCUAACAUUUA